AUGGAAUUUCGUCCAAUUUCGAUCGUAACGGGCACGUGGAAUGUCAAUGGAAAAAAACCUUUGACACUGAUGGAAGCCUCGAGACUUUUGUAUUGGUUAAAAGCUCAAAAUUUGGAUCUUCACAAACCUCCGGAUCUUGUCGCUUUAGGUUUUCAAGAAAUUGUUGAUCUUACUGCAGUAAAUGUGGUAGUGAAUAGUACACUAACGGUACAACGUAGUGUCGCGUGGGAAGAAGCUGUUCUUGAAGCUUUGAAUCAACAUUUUGGAUCAGAUGCUCAAGCUUCGGGAGAAAUUCCAGUACACUAUCGAGUUGUAUUGAAAAAACAUCUUGUGGGAAUUUUACUGCUUGUGUUUGUGAAAAUGGACCAUUGGGAGCAUGUUAAGGAGAUUAAAGGAGCUACAGCUGGUGUUGGGAUAAUGGGAGUCAUGGGGAAUAAAGGAGGAGCAGCAGUGAGACUCAAGUUUUAUAGUAGCACUUUGUGCUUUGUGUGUGCACACUUGGCUGCACACCGAGAUAAUGUGAUUGGGAGGAAUGCUGAUUACCUGAAUAUUCUCAGCAAAGUACACUUUGGAGAGAAUGCAGACAAUGAAGCGACUACUUCCGUGCAAGACAUGAGGUUCUGGACUGGUGCGCCGUCGAUACUUAACCAUGAUUUCGUCUUCUGGAUUGGUGACCUGAACUAUCGCAUCCAGGAUACUUUGACGACAGAGGAGAUCUUUUGUCUGGCAGAAAGUGAAAGUCUGCUGCAUGAAUUGGUGCCGCACGACCAACUUACGAUUGAGCGGCAGCGAGGAAUGGUCUUGAAGGGAUUUGAAGAAGGCGCUCUUUCGUUUCCUCCGACGUACAAAUUUCAGGCUGGAACGUCUGUAUAUGAAAAACGGCCCGAGAAAAAGCUUCGUGCUCCAGCAUGGUGCGAUCGUAUUCUGUGGAAAGCAAAGAAUCCAUCGGACGUGAAGCUUUGCAGUUACAAUUCGGUGCCUGCAUUGGAAAUGUCCGAUCACAAGCCCGUCCACGCAUUCUUUGACGUACAGGUGAAAUAUCAAGUAGAGUCGAAGAAAAAUGAGGUGAUCCGCGAAAUCAUGAUGCAGCUAGAUAAAUGGGAAAACGACAACAUGCCUAAGGUCCGACUGCUUCAAGGGGAUGGUAGUACUACAAGCAGCGGUGUGUUUUCGUUUUCUCAGCUAAAAUUUGGUGUCGAACAAAGCAGGAAAAUGAUCAUUGAGAACACUGGGCUAGUGGUGACGCAUUUUCGUUUCAUUCCAAAGCUAGAGGAUGUGGCUGUAUGCAAGGCUUGGUUGAGUGUUACACCACUGUUUGGUAUGAUUCCGCCAAGAGAAAAGAUGGAGAUUCGCAUAACCGCUCUUGUGGAUGAAACUGUUGCUCAUUGCCUUAGUAGUGGCGAGGAAACUCUGGACGACACGAUGAUCUUGCGUGUUGAAAACGGACGUGACUAUUUUUUAGUGGUGUCUGGACAAUACGCAAACUCAUGUUUCGGAAGUUCGCUUGAGCAGCUGGUGGCGAGUUUAGAGCCAAUCCGGCAAACCAAACUCACAGCUUCGUGCUCUCCUGCAUCGUCAGUGUUUAGCGUUUGGGUUGGUGGAGCAGCAGGUGUUGACGCCGACACACUGAUUGCUCCUCAGACGUCUAAUGCGCCACCGAUUUCAACGCCAGCGAGUGGUUCACAGAAGGUGCCUAAGGAGCUUUGGCGAAUGGUGAACGACAUAUAUGGGAACUUCAUGCAAGACAAGAACCUGUUUGUUGAGGCGGGCAAUAAGGUAGAGAUUGUGCAAUUGCGAGAAGCUUUGGACACAGGAGCCCCGUUUCCCACCCACAGUGGAUAUUCCACGGCAGAAUUACUUGUGCGUUGGCUCCAAGCGUUGCCGCAAAGUGUGGUGUUAGACGAAGCUUUAGCACUUGCAGUAGCGAGCACCAAUGGCAAUAUGGGACAGGGUUGUCAAGUAUUGCUGGACGCUUUGCCGCCAGUGCGCUACAACGUUGUGGUGUAUUUGGUGUCAUUCUUACGAGAAGUACUCAAGCACAGCGCCACAAACAAGCUAACGCCGGAAAAGCUGGCGUUUGUUUUUGGUCGGUGUCUCGUGUCAGCGUGCAGAUAUAGCGUGAACAAGGACCUGACCUACUCCAGCGCAGGUCAUGUUCUGGCCUUUGACGAGCAUCAGCAGCCAGCCUCAAAUUCAUCGACAGCUUCGACAGUAUCGAGCGUAGGUUCGACCCAACAAGUUCCCGAAGAACGACUUCGACGGAACGCAUACGACCUCGAGGUCGCGCAAGCAAAUAUGGCCCAGCGAGCCGAGAAGAUGGAAAAAUUUCUCCUUUACUUCCUGUCAUCGCCAUGA